AUGCUGGACGUCGUCAAGGCCGGGAUGACGCUCUUGUCCGAAGAAGCCGCGAGGAUAUCGGGAUCGGACAAGCCCUUAGACGCCGAUAGCCUGCUGCCUCUGCUCGUCCAUUCCCUGGCGCACGCGAACCUCCCGCGAGUCCACGAGGCGCUGAAUUUUCUCAGAAAUUUCCAGGGCGCUGGUUGGGGAGGGGAGCAGGAGUACUACGUGACGUGCCUCGAGGCCGCGGUUUCUUUCGUGCUAGGCUGGGGGGCUGCUGCCGACCCCAACGCCGACGGGGAUGACGGCAACAACAACAACAAGGAUGGCGACAAUACCACCACCGACAGCACCAAAGGGUCGAAGGCGGAGGCGGGGAAGAAACUAUUUGGUCGAGGGGAUGGCAGUGGUGGUAGUAGUAGCGGUAACGAGGCAACGGCUGCGGGAAGACGGGCGGCACGGCAGGCGGGAGAAGAGGAGGAAGAGCCGGACAAGGGCCGGGAAGCCUUGGUCCGCCUCGGAAUUUUCUUGGAAAAGCACGAGGUUCAGGAGGACACGGUGGACGUCUUGUCCUCCGCCGGUUGGCUCUGA